AGAUGUCCUGCACAACCUGGCUCAAGGUUGCACCGCAGGGCGGGGUGCAUUACGUCACCACAUUGGUGACGUCACGAAGUCCUAGAGUAUAUAUACUGCAGCAGAUUCAAAAGAAGAGAGACGGAUUCUGGAUCCUGCUGCCAUCAUGAGAGUUCUGGUGUUUCUGGCCGCUGUGUCGUGCUGCUCGGCACACCUGCUCCCCUACGUGCUGCCCUUGACAUCAUCCCCCACUGUUCAUGAAGAGGGUAAGGUAGUGGCCCUACAAACUCCAUACCUAUAUCCACACUCACUCGCCACUCCCUACGCCCAUCCCUACGCCACGCCCUACGCUCUCCCCUACGCCCACCCUUAUGGCUACAUUGUCAAGCCUGAGCUGAAGGCAACUGAGUUCCCUUUCGUAUGGCAAGUAGCUGAGGCUGCAGCCGAACCCGAGGCAGCCCCAGCCGUGGAGGAGGUUCGUCGCCGACGCCGAGAUGUGGAGGCCGUGAAGGUGCCUCUGCCGUACAUCCAGGCAGUCCCCUCCGUGGCUAAGACCACCUUCGAGACCAAGCAGCUGGAGCCCAUUGAGGCUGCCACUCCAGCGGACACCACCAAGCUGACACUCACCACCAAGGAGCACGAAGUGACCGUGCCUGCCGUGAAGUACGUGCAGCCCGUCGUCCAAUACAAGCCAGUCACUUACAAGGUGCCUGCCCCAGUCCCCCUCACUUACUCAUUCCCGCACCAUCCUUUCUAUCCCACCUACCCGGCAUUCCCUUACCUCGCCCCCGCCGCCCCUGUGGCCAAAUUGGAAGAGUAACUUCAUCCUACCUCCAGUCCUUCCCUAGGGCGCCCCAAGGUAGCCCUGCACGACGGCCUUGGCUUCACUCUCCAUGAUUAGCAAGCCCUCUCAACACUAAACGGGCUCAUUAAAGCUAAUAAUAUUACUUUUUAGCUAGAUACUUUUAGGUUACCAUCUUCCUACUAAAAGAAAUAAUAUCCUUGAAAUAAAUACGAAAUUUGCAACAA